GCCGACUGAUUAAUGUAGGUAAAUGGUUAGGUUUGACUUCUUAUUUUACAAAAUGUGCUUAGUUUUAUAAAGCUUAGUAAUAAAAUACAUAUUACACAACAAUUUUUAAUAACCCUCUAAGUUCUGACUUAUACAGUAUACGAAUCUGAAGUCCGCCAUGUGAUAUUAGAAUACAGUGUGCUUAUAUUAUUAAAUAACAUAUUAAAUCAAAUUUGGAAUAUCUUUUAAGAGUUACGUGUUUGGCAUUAUCGUAUAUUUCUAAAAUAAGUAGUAGAAGCUUAUUUCACAAUGUCACCGAAAACGGAUGUAGUAAAAACGAACAUGGUGAGAGUGUAUGAUUUAAAUGAAUAUGAAAAGUUGCUUAGAGGCAUAAGGGUGGCUGCUUGUAUGAUAACUGAAUCACAUCAAAUUGUGGAUGAAGCCAGUGUAUUAAAACGUCUAAACACUUUGACAAUCAAUGGUGCUACAGAUGGCAACUGCUGCUCAUGUUGUGGAAUUGGUCCAUUUACAUCUAGAUCCCAGCAGACCGCCCAUUAUAAACACCACUGGCACACCCAUAACUUGAAAAGGAAACUCUUUGGAAAAGCUGCUCUGACUUUAGGACAGUUUAGUUCUAGAAAUGAUGAUGAGUGUAGUGAUUCAGGAACUGAUUCCGAGACGGAGAGCGGCAGCAGCAAUAAUCCUGCAAGCGACUUAUUUGCGGCUGCCACUAGGCAUUGUAAGGCGUUCUUUACCAAUUACAAGGGCAAGGUUUUCUGUGUAUACAGGUGUAUAUUACAUCAUAAGAAGGAGGAGCUGUCAACAGAUGGAGGUGAUGCGUGGGUUGAGCGUUGCCAACGUCUCGCGAUCGGUGGCUAUCAACGCUGGGCAAUCUUGAUGGUUUCCGGUGGCCACUUUGCUGGGGCCAUCUUCUCCGGAGGAGUUCCUGUUGUUCAUAAGACCCAUCAUUCGUAUGUGACUCGGAGGGGACAAGGCCAGGCUCAAGUUAAUAGAGAUCAGCACGGCAAUGCCCCAAGGUCUUCUGGUGCAAGUUUGAGGAGGUACAAUCAGGCGCAAUUUUUACAACAUGUCCAAGACAUUAUGGCCAGUUGGAUAGAAGACCUGAGGGGUUGUUACCUAAUACUCUACCGCGCUUCCGGUUCGCUUAACCAAUCUGCUUUAUUCGGCAAGAAUUCCCCAUUGACCCGGGAGGACCCUCGUGUGAGGGCGCUACCUUUCCCAACCCGUAAACCUACUUAUAAAGAAGUGAAGAGGGUCCAUGAAACAGUUGCCAGCGUGGAGGUGUACGAUACCAUGGAGCUAUUCCAAAAAGCAUUGAUCGCUUCGACCAGCAAGCCAGCUGCUAAAACGGGCUCUGAAACAAGCAUUGAUCGUAACAAGAAAACGCAGAAGGGUCAGAGCAAACCGAUCGAUAGAGCUAAAUCAAGGGAACGCACACCCCGUGAACUCCCCACGCAAAUCGUAUCAAGCGAAGACGAAGGACCUUGUUUCAUUGACUCUGAGACUCCAGUGGGUUGGAUAAAGACCCUUUCAGAGCAAAGCACCAACGGGGUGAUCACUGACUCUCGAAAAGACCUCCUAAAUGACUGCGCGAUUGACAACUCCUCCGAUAGUGAGCAGACUAACGUGGCUGUGAAAAAAGAAAAUAAUGUAAAAGUGCAAAAGAAAAAGAAGGUAGAAGUUAAACAGACGGUCAAGAAGCCGCCGUUGAAAAUAUCAGCGAAUGUUAAACAGAUGUGGAAAAUAAUAUCGGGCAAGGAUCUAAACUCCUUGGAGACUAUACUGGAAGAUUUCGAGGCAGCUGAACUCGAAGCGGCUUGCAACACUCAAGACCCAGUGGAUGGCAACACCGCACUGCACAAAGCGGCUAUUGCGGAGAAACCUGAAAUGGUGACUCAAAUCCUCACCGCCGGUGGUGACCCGUGCAUACGUAACCACGCGCUUCAAACUCCAUACGCCGCAUCUCCCCACCAGGACACGCGUAUUGCCUUCCGUUUGUUUCAGGCUCAGUUUCCGGAUAAAUACAAUUACAAUAAGUCUCACAUCCCCGGCCCUGUCACACCGGAACAGCUUGAGCAAGAGAAAGAGCGGAAAGCGCAGCAGAAGAAAGCAAAGAGACAGCGGGACAAGGAAAAACAAGCUGAGAAGAACAAGAUAAAUAAUUUCCUGAACAUGACUGAUGUUCAGAAGGUAAGAGCUGAUCUCAUAAUGAGAUGCUUCCUAUGCGGGUCGAAGCUCCCAAGGCCUCCGUUUGAGUACAACAACUAUUCAUUUUGCUCCAUCAAGUGUUUACAGAACCAUCGGAAUCUACGACCUUUGCAUAAUAGCGCGUAAAAAAAAAGUUUUUUUUUAUUUAGUUUAUUAACCCCCGACGCAAAAAGACGAGUUGUUAUGAUUUUGAGGUGUCUGUGCGUGAGUCUGUUUGUGGCAUGGUGUUUCCAGAACGGUGGAAUCGAUUUUGGUUUUGUUUUAUUUGUUACAAUGGUGAAUUGGUCGAAACUGUCCAAGAUGCAAAUCGGUCCAAGAUGGCGGAUAAUAUAUUGUUUUACAACUGCCAAAAUAUGGGUAUCAAUUUAAAGAGCUUAACUAGUACGAUACUUUGCACUGUGACAAAUUUCAAACCCAAGAUGGCCGCCACCGCAAAAUAGCAAAUUACUAUUGUUUUCUCAACUUCCUCAAUAUGUGAAUCAAACAUAAGGGCCUGUAGAAUAAUGUACAAAUUCAAAUUCAAAAUUAUUUUAUUCAUGUAGACCUUAUUAAAGACACUUAUGAAGCGUUCAUACACUUAACAUCUUAAUGUUAGUGAUGGUUAACUGCAUUUGUUAAAUUAAAACUAAAGCUAGGAGGGUUCCAAACGCGCCCUGGUCUAAGAAGAGCGCACAUCAAACUUAGCCAGGUUUUUUUUUGUUAUCACCAUCUCAGAGUCUAAAAUCACAUAUUAAAAGUCGGGGGUUGUUAAAUUUCUAAUUUAUAUAUUAAUAAAUAUUAAAAUAUAGUUAUGACAACUUGCUGUAGUAACCGGUGGUCUUAAGCUAUAAUGCCUAACCAUAAAAUGAAAGUCAAAUAUUUUUCAAAAUGUGCAUGUGUUAAUACAGUAUAUGUAUUAUGACAGUAACAAAGAAUAUGACAAGAGGGAACUGUUUCUAUCUGUAUUUAAAAGUACUUACAGAGGGGUUGUUGGGUCCGUCGUAAAAUUACGGCUUUUUGACACCAAUUUUUAAAUAAGUACUGGUUAGUGACUACCUUUAAAGACUUUAUUUUUCCUGGUUUUACAAUCGUAACUUGGAACAAGAUUUCGGUGAAUAACGGCAUUAUAGCUUAAGGCGCUUCUAAUAGUUACAAAUUAAAAUAUGAAGUGUUAGAGGAGUAGUAUAAAUAAUGAGUUGACGGCUGAUAGAAGUUAGUGGAAUCAGACGUUUUCUGCUGACCGUGUGAGAUAAGGGUAAGGACCAGAAAAGAAGGUUAAGAUUUUUCUGGUUACUUAGAAAGAUGUAUAAAACUUUAACUGAACAAUUGCAAUAGCGAGUGACAUGUUUGGUUUACUGAGAAGUUCCGUCCACCAUCUCCGAAGAUCUUCAUCCAUCUUCGCCUUCAUUAAAAGGGACCACUUUAAAGUACUGCCCCUAGAUUAGGAUUAAGACUUCGAAGUUUAAAACUAAGAUAUAGUGAAGAUCAAACAAUAAAAAGAACGCGUGUCAUUCAACUUUGCUUAAUGUCUAAGAUCAAUCUCAAAUAACUAAAAUCACGCUAUUAUUGAGGUCACGCAACAAUUAAGUUUCGCGUAGUUUUUAGUGCGCUACGGUCCGCAAUUUUAAGUGCAGUAAAUGAAGGCAGGAAAUUCUAUUACUGGUUGGAUACUUCCAAUCAUUGCAAGCACCUUUUUUUUAUGAUCCCACUUCUGAAAACAAAACUUUACGGACGGACGACAUGCGUACGCGUUGGCGUGCAGGCUGGCGUGCAGAAAUGCAUCAUGCAUCUGUUCACUGUUAGUUAUCGAUGUUAAAAACUGUCCCAUUGGUUUACUGAUUAUUUACCAUGUUUUACUGCCAAUAUAAGUAUUGAUGGAAAUUUGAAAAUAGGUGUUACUCAGCCCCCGUGCCUUUAGGCGGUAAGGUUGCAGUCCCGAUUAUCACUAACGUCUUAAAGUAAUUGUUUUGCGUUCAUAUAGGAUGGUUGAAGACAAUUUUUCCAGAGCGACUUUCUUGAUCAGCACACAAUAAAACACCUAUUUGUUUUCAUUCCGUGGAGCAAAUUGGAAGGCAGCUCUUUUAUUUGGAAUUCUUACAAAAGUACUGGACCAUUCAAUAAAUAUUCUAAUUCACUCUCUUAUGAGAGAGAUC